GUCAUCUUCGCCAAGUCCGCCUGGCCGUCCCGUGAACGACAUCCUCGAUUGAAGCUGAUGCUGCAGAAGAUCAGGCUAUAGAAAGAUGGCCGCCAGUCUCCCACCGAAGCUCCGGGCAGCGGCUCCAGACGUGGGACGAUUCGCGACAAGAGCUUCUCAGCUUGAGAAAUUCAGGCCGAUUGUGGCAUACUGGUGCGAAUACUACAUCCUGCAAAUCAUCCUGAAUCGGCAACUACACACCACCGAUGAGGAGUGCACCAAUUAUGCCUUGCAACUGAUGGACAAGCUGGAGGCAUACAAGCAGGAGAAUGGUACGAAUGAUGCCGUGGUGGACGAUGUAGCCGCCAAGGCGUAUAUCGAGAAUUUCGCAUUGGAUACAUUCAAUCGUGCAGAUGAAGCACAGAGAACCAACAAGGUGACACGGCAAACGGCAGAUACUUUUCAAGCAUCAGCCACGUUUAUGGAUCUUCUGACGAUAUGGGGUCAAAUGGAUCCGGAAUUUCACGCCAAAAGCAAAUUCGCCAAGUUCCACGCGCUGCGAAUUGCAAAGGCGAUCAAGGCUGGCGAGGAUCCGAAUGCGUCAAAUCCUGUGGUGGAGCAGCCACCUGCCGCAGAACAAACCACGACUGAAGAAGAUCUCGAAGCGGAAUUGAAGAAUUUGGAAAAAGAUGCGGGUGUGUAUAGACCGCCAACGGUCGAAGCUGCCCCAGAAAGUGCGUCGCGGCCGCAAUCAACAUUUCAGACAAGUCCUCCAAUGCAGCCGACGGAUCCUGUACCACCGAUGGAUGCGCCAGCUGCUCAUGAUGUGUCGCCAAUCGAGGCAACCGCAACCAGCAGAGCAGGCUCUGUGGGCGGAGGAUACUUUCCAACAGUGCCAGGCGAACCAUCUAGUGCCGCCACAUUCUCGGCGUCAGAUCCGGCAGACUUUUACCACACUGCAGAAGCUCCACCAACAGCGCCAACAAUGGACGAUCUUGGACAAGACCCCACCCAUGCAGGCCCACCACUUCCUUCUACUGUGCCGACGUUCUCUUCGCCACCAGUAGCUGCACCUCCUCCAUCGCUACGAGCCCCUCCCGUCGCUGCCCCAAUACCACCUCCAGGCGGCUAUAAUCUGGACGACGAGGCGAUCAUGGCAGCUCAAAAGCAUGCCAAGUGGGCGAUUUCUGCAUUGAACUUUGAAGAUGUCGAUACCGCUGUCAAGGAGCUGCGAAUUGCAUUGCAUAGUUUAGGGGCAUCAUGAUAGUAGUGUUGGUCGUUGUGGAUGUGCUUCUGCUUUUGCAAUUUAGCUAUUGCGAUUGAUACCCUUAGCGAUAUAAAAUACGAC